AUGAUAGAAUUAACGGCGAGACUUACCACAGGAACAGUUUAUCUAGCAGGUGAAGCACUUGAGUGUUGCAUUACAUUCUGCCACACAACUCAACCAGAACAUCGUGAUUCUCAAAGUCACAGUGAUAUCUUGGAGAACCUGGCUUGGGCCUCUGCCCAAAUUCAUUGUUUCUUUUCAACAUCUAAGAAUACAAAUGAAAAAACUUCAACAGUAGAGAAAACGACAUCACUAGAAGUGACAUCAUGUGAUAUUGGAGACGUUGUGUUUCACACUAAACCAAAAAUAUUAUUUUGUGACCUAACCAUACCGCUUGGAGAGACUAAGACAUUUUGGUACCGAGAAUCUUUACCAAUGGAAGCACCACCAUCAUAUCGGGGAAGUCUUGUUAAAUACUCAUAUAAAGUUACAAUAGCAACACAGAAAGUUGGUUCACAUAUCAGGAUGGCAAGAAUACCAUUUAGGGUUUUACCUAUUAGUCCAAUAAUGAACAUGCAAGACUUAGCUGCUCUGUGUGGUAAUGAAACAACUGAUGAGCUACAGCCUACUAAUCCAUUUUCAGAAGAGAGGAAAGUGGAAACACCCUUAACUAUGGCUUUACAAGUUUUACAGAAUCUUACUGCUCGAAGAAGUCCUAACUCAUACAUGAUAACUAAUACUAGAGGUAAAGUGGGAAGGUUCUGUUUAUUUAAAUCUGCUUAUAAACUUGGAGAAGAUAUUGUUGGUACAUUUGAUUUCUCUGUUGGAACAGUAGUAUGCAUGCAAGUUUCUGUGUCACUACAACCUGAAGAAAUAAUCAAGAAAAAGACUCCAACAAAAAAUAUAAACAAAGAAUCUAGUAGCCGGUUAAUGACUGUAGCCAGAUUCCAUGAGGUUACACUAGGUUUAACCCACUCACAGCUUAUUCUUCCUAUACCUUUGCAUAUCACACCAGCCUUUGACACAGAUGAAGUGUCACUAAAUUGGAGAUUGCACUUUGAAUUUGUAACCACUAAUGAAAAGCUACUGCCGUCUACCGAGGACAAAGAUUGGAAUGCUCCCUUAAAUGUUCCUAUAGAGACAAUGGUUUGGAACCUAUCAGUUAAAAUAUAUUCCACAUUGCCAAAACAAAUAAUGCAAACAGGGGGCAACGAUGCUUACAAAAUGGUUAUUAAGUAA